AUUAUCCUUAUCAAACCAUGAUACCCACAUUUACGAUAAUGUCUGUCUUUUGUCGGAAAAUAUACAGUGAAUCAUAAUAAUAGCUACCAACUGCAAAGUUGAACUACCUGUAUAAGAAUAUCAAGAUCAUGAGGGAAUCCCGGUAGAACUCCCGGCGUUCGGUUUUUUUGCGAAUUAAAUAAAAGCAGCCACACUCUUCGCUUUCUAGUUCAGUGUUCAGUUGACGUUAGCAUUAGCUCUUUUUACGAUACCCAGGAUACUUACCAAAAAUGUACUUCAAUAUUAAAACUGGUAUUUUGGUGUUGUUCGUAGUGGUUGAGUUUUCAAGUGGUUUACCUUAUAACAACAAAAAAUCAACCGACGAAGAAUCUGACGUUAUUGAAGACUCCAGACUAUUAACUCGUCUUCGACGAAGCCCUGAUGACGACCCACAAUCAGAAGCUCUCAUAGAAACAAGAUUCGGUCGUGGAUGGCAAAACAAUCACCAUGGAUAUAAUCACGUAGUUGGACACUGGAAUCGGGGACCAAAACGGGGAUAUCGCCAUUGGAACUCUGGACAUGACUUGGGCCAGAACUAUCCCAACUUUGGCUACGGUCCACCGAAAUAUCACCCCCACCAUCAACCAUGGUAUCCACACGGCCAUCCACAUUAUCCCGGGGGUAGUCACCCUCAUGGUUGUAAUCACAACAACGGAAAUGGACGACCAAGUCCUACCCAAACACCACCAGAAAAUUCCAGUGAAAACCCAGGUGUUAGUCCUACAGUAGAAUCAUCAACUCUUCCACAGAUUGACAUUAGAGUGGGUAGAGACUAAAAUUGCUUAUUUAAAUUGUAUUAAUUUAUAUUUAGAUAUAAGAUAAUUUCUGUAUUUAUUUUAAUUAAGUUUAUAAACAAUUGUACAGUAUAA